CCUUCCCCUUCUCUUUUUUUCUUUUAUUCAUUCUCCUAGAACCUUCCUUGUAAGAUACGUAUCUCCAGUUUUACUUACAAUAAAAAGUAGGCUCAAGAUAGUCAGGCCCAAGAUAGUCUUAUAACCAAAGUAUUAGUGACUAGCCACCUUAGUAAACACUCUCCUCCCCCAAACCCGCCCCCACAUAGGAGGCAGGCUUUUUCUUUUGGGCAAACCUGCUCCUUGGGAGGAGAGGUGACAAAACCAGUUUGAAGUUGAGGUUCCCUCCCUUCCACACCUCCCUCUUCCUGAGAGGCAAGAGCAACAACAGCUGAGCCAGAAAAGGGUAAAGAAGUAUUGGGGGGACUAGGACAGCCAGCUCCCUUGCAACUCUUUUGUUUAAAGAACAGAAGAAGAUUGUGGAGAUGGGGACUAUACACGAAGCAGAAAAAAAAUCAGAUCUUGGGGACAAGGAGAGUGUAGAAGCAACAGAAUCGGGAGCAAGCCUGAGACUUGAGGAGCUGGAGCUGAAGGAGGAAUGGCAAGAUGAAGAAUUCCCUAGAUUGCUUCCUGAAGAGGUUGGUCCUUCUGAAGAUCCUGAAGACUCUCAAAGAGACUCACAGGCAGGUACCCCAAGCACGUUAUCUCUGUGUGGCCAGCGCCCCAUGCGUAAACGUCUUUCUGCCCCAGAGUUGAGGCUGAAUCUGACAGUGGGGCCCAGUGAUAAUGGAGCUCCUUCCACCCACUCCACAUCUUCCUCUGAUGACAGUUCAGACCUGGAGGUGGAUGAAUUGGAGACGCCUUCAGACUCAGAGCAGCUGGACAGUGGACAUGAAUUCGAAUGGGAAGAUGACCUGCCCCGGGCAGAGAGCCUCCGAGCCAGCGAGGCAGCUAAAAGGCUGGGCCGGGGUUGUGUGUGGGAUGUGGCUGGAGAAGAUGGUCACCGCUGGAGAGUGUUUCGAACAGGACAGCGGGAGCAGCGAGUGGACAUGACUGUCAUUGAGCCCUAUAAGAAGGUCGUGUCUCAUGGAGGCCAUCAUGGUGAUGGUCUCAAUGCUGUCAUCAUUUUUGCUUCCUGUUAUCUACCCCGAAGCAACAUCCACAAUUACACCUAUGUCAUGGAACACUUGUUUAGGUAUAUCGUGGGAACCCUAGAGCUGCUGGUAGCUGAAAAUUACCUGCUUGUUCACUUGAGUGGAGGCACAAGUAGGGCCCAAGUUCCCCCUCUGAGCUGGAUACGCCAGUGCUACCGUACUUUGGAUCGACGGCUCCGGAAAAACCUACGAGCCCUAGUGGUUGUCCAUGCUACGUGGUAUGUGAAGGCAUUUCUGGCCCUGCUUCGGCCCUUCAUCAGUUCUAAAUUCACACGAAAAGUCCGUUUUUUGAACAGCCUGGAGGAGUUAGCCCAACUCAUCUCUUUAGAUCAAGUCCACAUUCCUGAAGCUGUCAGACAGUUGGACCAAGAAGUUCAUGGCUCAGCAAAACCUAGCACGAGUGGAUAAAAGACCUUAGAACCAAGCAAAGACCUGCCUACCCAUCAAUCCCAGCACCAUUCGAGCUGCUUUGUAAAUCGUCUCACCCUCCAUCCCAGCCCCACCCUAUGGCAUCUUGACUUCUUGUGAUGACAUUCCCUCCAUGGUGCUGCUGGAAUCCAGGAGCGUUGGGAGGCUGGGAAUCUGAUCUGCCAGUGGUUUUCAUUACCAUUGUCCCAAUGGAAAGCUGACUGGCUGUAGUAGCAUUGGAAGUGUCAAACUCUGGAUUGCAACCCUGCUUUAGCUGUAAAAGCUUGGCCAAAUAACCUCAUGUCUUUGGGUCUCAUUUUCCACCUCUGGAAGAGAAGGGGCUGAGGGGAGAUGAGGUAGAGGAGCCAACCACAGCCCAACCUGCCUGCUGGGAGCCAGGAGGGCGCUCCCAAGACCUCAAGAACCCAUAUAUACCUGCCGCCUCUGCUCCUGGGAAGGAGCACUUUGAACGCCUGUGUUUUUGUCUUUGUUAGUAAAUUCUGCCCUGUAACUGUUAAUAAACGGAGGAGAGAUAAAGUCUGUAUCAAGGAAGUAAACGACCCUUGUCCCAUCCCCUUACAUCACAAUCCGCCUUUUGGUUCUAGCU